AUGCACAAAACUAUACCUAACUCACAUCUAGCAGCACCACCGCCUCUAGCGGCGACACACCCGCACCGGCAGGGUUACGACAGCGACGCGGGCACACUAAAAGUCGUCUGGGCUGCAUCCCGUGCAAGCGACGUAAGAUCAAGAGACAUGGCCUUCAUGCGCGAACUGCGACAAGCGCGGACAUACCCCGAUGUAUUCAAGCACGCACGGCGUGACUACAUCGAGUCGGCAGUGUCAAGUCCUCGUCAAGUUGUUAAGCUUUCCGACACACCUACUAUCUACAGCUCAGAAGAUAUGCAGCUGUUUCAUCACUAUCUCGUCUCAGCACAUCCUUGGAUCCCGCACGACUGGGAAGAGCUUUGGGUCACCGAUGUUCCGGCAGCGUGCCAUAAAUACCCAUAUCUCAUGGAUGCUAUGCUAGCUCUUGCUGGAUCUCAUCUUGCCGUUCAAGUUGAAAAUCCACAGACUGCUCUGGCGGUCCAACAUCGACAAAAAGCCAUCGUUGGCCUCGAGGACGCCUUCGCUAAUUGGCCCCCGACGGCUGAGGAAUCGUAUAUCAUCCCUUUCUCUACACAGAAAGGCCUGGACACUAUAGCUAUGGACACCGCAUUUACCAAGUUCCCUGAAGUCGACCAGGAACUUUUGCACGAGGCUCUACUGUCUUUGAAACUCCUUUCCAGCAUAAUGGAUGGAACUGGUAUACAUUCCAUCGAGAAGGCCAUUGUUGGCCAGCUCACCGAAACACUUCGACUCCUGCUGCACUCAGACCUGGAAAUCGAAACUGACGAACUCCCAAUACCUCGUGACUCGCCGUUGGGUCUCUUUCCGUUCGCUAACCCGAUCUUACCACAAGACUUCGGGCUCGCGUUUGACAACAUCGACUGGGAGAAUGUUACGGAUCCACUUCCUGGCGCUCCAUACCCCAUCCGGUCUUUUGCAGCUAUGAUGGUCAUCCUCACGAUCUUCUCAACCUGGCCACACGAAGCACUCAUGCGCAUGUUUGACCGCACAAAUCAGCUCGGCAACGUCAUCAUGGCCCACUUUUGCGCGGUACGAUUCAUUCUAUCGUCGAUAGCUGCUCCAAAAAUGGCUUUGAAAACUCCUACAAGGGCGACUGUUCAAUGGAACGCUCUGAUCAUGGCAGCUAUAGAUGAUGAUGAAAGUGGAGAAUGGACGAAAUAUGUGGAAUGGCCAAGAAAGAUAUUACGAUCGCUUGCCCUAUUCAUGAUGGUUCGCACAGGUUACCGGACGAUUCUGGAAACCGCGAAGCUACUCGCCCUCAGAGAGGAGCUUGAGGCUGAGCUCGAGCGUCAUGUCGCGCUCAGAACAAUCAGAUUCAAUCGGGUGCGCGCGGGUACUUACGACGAGGGAACUGUCGUGCAGGGUAUCCACAUCAUUGCAGCGGACAAGUGGGACAUGGUUAUCUGCGGAAUGGAGAUUGCGGGUGGACGGCGAGAUGGGCAUUAUUGGGCUCGCAUACGUGGAGCUGAUGAGUGGAUCAAGUUCGGAAGUCAGCUCGUCAUCAACGGCAAUGAUGUUACCGAGGAGGUGGUGAAGUCAGGCGGGCACGUGGAUCUCCAAUGGGCAGAGACAGAGACACCACCAGAGUACAGACAUCCCAUAGAGUAG